ACACACACACUCACCCCCCCUCUCCAGGGUGAUCCAGAGCUAUAACCCCAGCUUCCCGGUGGGCUGCCAUGUGGUCAGUGAUUGUGGAUGGAGGAGUCACUGGGUGUGUGAUGGGGCAGAGCUGACCCCUGUGCUUCCCGACUGGCCCCAGGACAUCCCCCUCUCCCUGGCCCUGGGGGCCAUCGGCAUGCCUGGUCUGACAGCUCUGUAUGGACUAGAGGAAGUGUGUGAGAUAAAGAAGGGGGAGACUCUUCUGGUGAACGCUGCAGCAGGAGCCGUGGGCUCAGUGGUGGGACAGAUCGCCAAGAUCAAGGGCUGCAGAGUGGUGGGCUGUGCGGGGACAGAUACCAAGGUGUCCUAUCUAAAGGAGCUGGGUUUUGACCAGGUCUUCAACUACAAGACUGCCACCUCCCUGGAGGAAUCACUCAGGGAGGCCGCGCCACACGGAUACGACUGCUACUUUGAGAACGUUGGUGGGAAGUUCUCCAGUGUAGUGAUGCCUCAGAUGAGAGUAUGGCAGAAUAGCUGUGUGUGGAAGCAUCUCCAUGUACAACGACACCACACCACAGACAG